AUGAUAGUGUUUGUGAUAUUUUUUCUCUUGGAUUAGUUUUUCAUCUCUAAUUAACAGGUUAACAACUACCACCACCAGCUUUUGAAUUAUUAAAACAUAUUUAAGAAAGAAAAGAAUUACAGGUAUGGAUGGAAUGUUUCAUCAGAAAUGAUGAAGAUAUUUGUGAUAAACCAGAUCUAAAUGUUAGAAUCUAAUAAAUUAAUAGUAUUUGUUAUAGAGACAGCUAAAUUUGAUAUCCUAAGAAUGAAUUACUUAACAAAUUCCCCUAUUAAAUAUCCUGUUAUGUAGGCAACUAAUAAAAUGAAAGAAGUAUAAAAUAAAGAUAAAGAUUAAUAAAUGUUUAUGAGAACUCCAAUUAUUACAGAGCAUGUGAAGGUAUUUUAUAAUUAUUAUAAUAGAAUCCAAUUUGUCGUGUUCAAUUUAAAAAUUAUAAUCAAAAUAAAAUAGAUAUAUUUUAUAUCUUUGUAGUUAAUAAUAAGCAUCAAUAGGAAAUGUUCUUUUGA